UGGUGAGUAGUGGCACUGAAAUAAUUGGAAAGGAAUUGUAAUUUUGAAACAAGUAUAUUUGAAUGGAUAGUUGUCCCGAGAAUUAUCACGUACCUAAAUAAAUUGACAAAGCGAUUAAUUAAGCUCAGUAAACAUAAUAAACAAUGGUAAGUAUAACAUCCCUUAAUUAUAUCAGUAAAUAAUACAAUUAGACUUUCGGUGUUUUCACUUCACUUGGUGUUUAUACCUAUGUACACAAGGGGCAGUGAUUCUGACAGUUAAUUUUAACAGUUAACGCGCUAUACUCGUAAAAAAAAAUCCUGAAAUAUUCAACUCGCUAGCCUCUCAGAGUUUCGGAUGCAUGACCCUCGUCCUGGCGUUCUCUUUCUAUUCCAUUUGCAUAUGUUACCGCGAUUUCCCUCAUUUUCGGUUCCGUCUAGGAUUCCGAGAUCUUUCGUUUGUAACGCGCAUUUAAAAUACCAAGUUACAAUUUAUACAUGGAAUAAAUAACAGUUGUUUCAGAAAUAAUACUGCGUGCUUGAUGCGUGACAUUUUCAGCUGAACUAGCAGUCGAAUUAAGAACCAAUUGUUUUCAAAAGAUCUUAUUUUAAGCACCACACCGUGAAUGAGCAUGAAUCUCGUCUCAGAAUUUUAUUGUAUUCUCAUAUUCUGAAAAUGAACGUCGUCCAGUAUUCGCACACGAAUCUAUUUGUGGGCUGAAUCGUUAUGCAUUACGUAUAGUCGUACUUUUAGACCUCUAGCGCAAUAUUAUAUACUUCGAUCUAUCAGUUUCUAUAAGUUCGCGAGAAUUGUACGUUGAAAGUACAGUGAAUUGGCUUUUAGCAUUUCCUGAAAAAAUCGGCACUUAUACGAAGACAAACUUAAUACACAGUAUGGGUGAAGAAAUACAUGAUAAUAACGGCCUUCAGGCCAUUACGGAGGCUGCCAAUCACUUUGCUACUAGUUUUCUAAAGGUACUGGUAGGUGAUAAAUCCAAUAACUUGAUCAUGUCUCCAUUGAGUGUUCAAGUGGUACUGGCCAUGGCUGCUUAUGGGGCCAACGGCAAGACUGCUACUCAAAUGCGAUCAGCUCUUCUUCUCCCCGAUAACGACAGUCUUGGCCAAUCGGGCUACCGUUCCCUCAUUACACUUCUGAAUUUUAUGUUUCAGACUGCAAAAGGAGUUGAACUGCGUCUGGCUAAUAAAAUAUUUACAGCUUCUGGAUUCGCAGUAAAAUCUACGUACAAGGAAUUGAUGACUGCAAAAUUCUUGUCCUCGAGUCAGGAAGUAGACUUUGGCGAUGCAUCGACUGCCGCUAAAACUAUAAAUACUUGGUGCGAAGAGCAAACAAACAAUCGCAUAAAAGACGUUAUUACACCAAACAGUAUUUGUGCAGACACAAAGUUGGUAUUGGUGAACGCAGUGUACUUCAAAGGUCAAUGGGAGAGAAAGUUUGAUCCUUCUCGAACUCAGGACAGACCGUUCUAUGUUGAUGAAAAAACUACUAAACAUGUUCCUACCAUGUGUAUCAAACAUAAAUUCAGAAUGCAGGCUCUUCCAGAGCUUGACGCAAGCUUUAUUGAAUUACCGUACCAGGGUGGAGAGCUCAGCAUGAUUAUAAUUUUACCAAACAAAAUUGUAAAUGGAUUAAAAACGAUCGAAGAUAAUCUUCAUGAAGUGAAUCUCAAAGAAAGAUUGCAACAAAUUUCUCUGAGAGAUGUAGUUGUAUACUUACCAAAAUUUAAGAUUGAAUGCAGUUUAGACCUCCAGAAUACUUUGAUAAAGUUGGGAAUGACUGAAAUGUUUACAAAUGGAGCGGAUUUUUCUGGUAUAGCUGAGUUUUCGCUCAAAGUUAGUAAAGUCGUUCAAAAGGCAUUCAUCGAGGUUAAUGAAGAAGGUACUGAGGCAGCUGCUGUUACAAAAAUGCAAAUCACAAGGCGUUGUGGACCACGAGAAUUCGAAGUUAAUCAGCCUUAUUACUAUGCAAUAUAUCAUCGAAACACUGGAAUUUCCCUCUUCAAUGGCAUUGUUCAACAGCCCAACUAGGUACAAUAUAAUCAUGAGCAUUGUUCGAAAAAUCGAACUGAAAAUUAACUCUGUUAUAGGAUUUCACCAGAGUUUUUAUGAGUUGGGUGAAUUUUCAUUAACUGUUCCUUUAUACUUGUAAAUAUGACUAAUCGUUUUACCGAUUGUGAGUCAACAGCUUUAACUGUCUACAUUUGAGACCCAGUAUUUUCGCGAUAGACACGGUAACUCAUGCCAACUUUAUCUAAAGUCAAAAAACCAAAUAUGUUCCGUUAGCAGGUGAGUAUAGCUAGUGAUUGGACGGAGGAUUUUAAAAAAAUUGAAAUUUCUAUUUUCUACAGAGUUUUAUGCAAAAAAGUACAAUUUUCGGUACAAUUUACACCAUGUAUUUCAUUGUCAAAUAAGUUGUGAUCGAAGAAAAAAAAAUCCUUCGUCUAAUCACUAGCUAAGUUUGCCUUAAGUUUGAAUAAAAAAAUUCUGUUAUUAUAUAGAAAAAAAAAUAAGAAAAAUAUGGUUUUUUUUUAACCUUUGAGAUCCAUGUAACCCCUGAAGCUAUAGUCAAUGGAUGUCAUCUAUAUUGAAAGUACUUAUCAACCUUUCUAUCCGUAAAAAUACCUUUUUAACAUACAUCUAUCAUUAUCUAUUCUUAUACGAUAAUAUAAUGGAUAAAUUAAUGCCUUUUUGCAAUAGAUAUAAUUCCAAUAUAUUUUAU